GGGCGCCCGGAAGCGUGCGGAGCCGGCGGCCGGAGCGGUAAGGGGAGCCCGCCCGGCACGGCCCGCCCGGCGCGGGGCACUGCGGGUGCGCGCUGGGCGGGGUACCGCCGGUGGGGCCCGUGCUCGGCGGCUCCGCUCCCUCGGGGGCACCGGCGGCGCCGGGGAGUCCCGGGGGGCGGCUGCGGUGCGGGUCGUGCGGAGGGGCUCGGCGGCCGCGGGGCUGCGGCUCCUCUCCGGGCCCGCUCUCGGCCGGGAGCAGCGCGGUGCGGGGGUCUCGGCGGGGCGCAGCGGGCUGCCGCGCUGCCUCCCGGGCUCGGCGGGGCCGCGGGGUCGGGCGCGUUCCCCGAGCCUGCUGUCGGAGUGCCCCGCCGGCCGGGCUCCGCGUGCGGCGGGGCGACGGGCGGGAGCCGCUCCGCGCUAAGGGGCGACACCACCGGGGGUGCGGCACGGGCCGGGCUCGCCCCGCUGCGGCCCCGCUCGUACCGCCGGCAUCGCCCCGCGGAGCGGACGGAGAGUUUACCCAGUGACUGGUAAAUGCGUUUCCCUGCGUGAUAACCCCCCGCUGCUGCUGCAGAUCAGCACAUCCUCUUGCCACAUUGCCAUUUGCUGGUAGGAUUUGUGUUUAUCUGCCUUUGCAGAAUUAAGUUAUUUCCCCUGCCUCACACUCUCCUUCAGCUGGACUGCUCGUGAAGCGGUGCUGUCACAAGAGCAGGGAGCUGUCUGAGAAGUGACCUGCCAAACACCCUUUUCUCUUUCCCCCAAAGCUAGAUCCCUUGCCCAGCUGAUGGCGUGAUCUCAAAAACAGUUGUGAUGGCCCAGGGCCUGGAGCAAGCGGCUGGCUGGGAGACGGGCUGGUGACUUCUGAUACAACCAGACACUUAAGGGAACGAUUCAUAAAGAGAAGCCUGGAAAGACUAAAGCUGCAAGAACAGGAGCACAGUUGAAAAAAAAGGAAAGACAAAAAAAAAAAAAAAAAAAAAAAAAGGGGGAGGGAAAAAAAGAAGAGGGUUGAAAGGUGAGGCUGUAGAGAAUGUCCAUCAGCUGUUUCUUCAGAUUUGUUACACUAUUUCAUACCAAGUGGCAUCCAAGAAGGGAGUGUCAACUGUAAAAACCCAGGCUUUGAGGAAACAAGAAUCUGAGAAGUUGAACCAGUGCUUUAUAGUUUUUAACACAGUUAACACAGUUACUGUGGGAAAGAAAAGCAACCUAACUCAGUGUAAGGCAUCAGAUGGAGUCUAUGUUACGAUAAAGUGGUUGGACUAGAGACAUUCUGAGGUCCUCAGAUUUGGCCAUUCAAUGAUUCUGUGGACUUGCACUGAAAUCUGAGAGCUGUUGCCCUCAAAUUGCACUGAGGCUUAAGAUUCUGCAUGAGGUUGUUUUGUUGUGUUGUUUAUAUAUUUAUUGCUUUAUGCUGCAACAUCACAAAUCAAUGUCUUUAUGGUUUGAAGUAAAGCUAACGUGACAGACAUUUCUAGGUGCCUCCCAGCUGGCUGCAAGGUUCAAAGCUAGGAAUGAGCACUGUUUUUCUGCCUUUCCUUCCACCCUUUUUUACAUGUUGGUUUUUUUUUCAUUGUUGUUAUCUUUAGGGCAGUGGUUUUGAAUUUUGUAUAUGAGUAACAGUAGUAUAUAAAAGCUUAGAUUCUGUGUCUAGUGUGCUUGUAUUGCAUCCUACACUGUCACUGGUAAUUAACCACGUUGUGCACCUUCAUAUCUAAAGAAAGGAAAAGAAAGCCAACAAAACAAAAACAAAAAACCACCCUGAAUUUUAGAAUGCUAUGGCAGUUCUGUAGCACAAAUAGAACUUGCUCAGGUUGGAUGGGGCUCUGAGCACCUGAUGGAGCUGUAGGUGUCCCUGUUCAUUGCAGAGGGGUUGGACCAGACAGCCCUUGAAGGUCCCUUCCAGCUCAGACGAUUCUGUGAUUCUAACAUAGUAUACGAAAUGUUGGAUCUCCGAAAACAUUGCUAUGCUUCUGUUUUUAAUUGAAUAUCUUCUUACUCAAAUGCUUUAAAGAUAGGAAUUUUAAAUACUUGUGUGAACGCUUUGUUCCUUGAGUUUUCUGGAGUUUUCCGUAACAUAUCAUAUUGGUUAUUUAGUAGAUUUUCUACAGGUUUCUAGUAGGUUUUCUACGGGACAAGGUUUCAAGGUUUCAAAAAAGCAGUGACAGCUUCAACUUGAAUUUUUAUGACAAUGGGAGUGGUCUUGUUACUCUUAAUGUCACCCUCAUGCUAAUCUGUAGGGGAGCUUUGUUAAGGUAAGAAUUAGGUCCAUAUGCUUAGUCUCUGAUUGUGUCCUUGAAGACAAAGGAUAAUAUGAGUCUGUCUUCUUGGCAGUGUAUAUAAAGAAAACCCUAGAAUACAAACCACUAGAAGAGGUAAAUACAGAACUAAUAUGUUCUAAAUGUGUGCAUCGGUUAGAUGCGUGUCAUCAAUAUGUGAUGUUUCUUUAAACAUGUUACUGUAAUAACCAUAAUAACCAUCAUUUCUUAUUAGUCAAAUGUGGAUUCUUGGUGACAGGUUGCUUAUUAUUAGCAGUUUAAAGGCUGACAUCCAAUCUCUCAGGACUCAAAGAGUAAAACAAGUGUCAUCUAAAUUGUCCCAUAUUGAUAAUUACCUAGAAAAAAAACGUGAUGAUGAACAAAAAGUUCAAGAGAGAAAAAAGAAAGCUAAGCUCAAGAAGAGAGGAGAGGCAGAUAGAUGGAGAUGAAAAGCAUCCCCAAAAGCAGCACAAAGUACCAACUGAAGAACAGCAGUGUCCAGAGAAUGUGCCUGAAUGGGAAGAAAGGAAAUCCCUGCUAGCUCAGAGAAGAGCGGAGUCUAUCAGACUGCUUACAGUGCUGUUAAACCAUGUGAAAGAUUUUGUGCAGUUGGCAAGUCAGAAAGUGGAUCCUUCACUGGGCAUGAGGAAGGAUGAUUCCUUUUCUGAAACAGCAUUAAAAGCCAUACAUCAGAAACAGAUUAAGUCCUGUUAUUUUAUGCACAAAGAUUUGGAACGUAAGGAAGAGCUUAAGUGUCAGUUAACCCAAAAAAGUAACACCCUAUGUAGUGAGGAAGAUUUGACUGCCUUCCGUGCAUCUACUUCUCAUAUAGUCAAGACAGUUUUAAAUGACCCUGCUGCAGCUCUGAGUUCUGGCAGAUUGACUGGCAGAGAUGCGUAUAACUCCCUUGGCUGUGGAUCUUUACUGAUUACAGUGACUCAAGAUUGCAAGGUCAUUGAAUCUCUAGAUGGAAGGGACUACCAAACACUGAAUGUGGUUCAUGCACAGACAGGGUCUGAAGAUGGUUACAGAAAGCAAAAGGUUUAUGAGACCGAUGAAUUCAUUCAUUAUUUAUUAAACUACUAUCAGACACCAAGCUAUGAACGUGUUUCCCUAGAGACAAAAAACUCUGCAAACAAGUCCUGGUGGAAGAGAGUGGUAUGCGAUGAUGAUAGUGGUUUUCACGUCAGCUUGUGUAACAAGCAAGGUCAGCAUUUCAGAGAAGUGAGUCUUGUACAAAAUCUCAACAACAGAAAUUACAUUAGUGAUGAUAACUGCAGACUAGUGAUCACUGCUGGGGAAUUUGAAUCAACAGACACAGUGUUGAAAAAUAAGACCUAUGCAGAUAAGCUUGCAAAAAAGUUGCAAAUACAGAGGAAUGACACGCUCACUGUUGAUUACUUAUUGUAUGCUGAAUCAAAUCAUUCUUUGGAUUGCACUGCUGCUGCUUGUGAUGAGGAAUUUGAACGAGAAGAUGGUAGAAAUGAAGUUACCAAACCAUACAAAACUUGUAGAUCUGCCUACAAAUUAAAGGACUUGUUGGAAGAGAUCAGUGAUUCCAAGUACUUUAGUGAGGCAUGUAGCGGUGCAGUGAAGAGUACAGAAAGGAGUGAACAAAUUUACAGCAAUUGUAAUAAAGGGUGCUUCCCUGCAAGAGAGAAAGAGAGAAAAUUACUGGUUUAUUUCAAGAAUGUAACUCUGGAAGGUCAAACAAAGGAAAGCAGCAAAUGUAACUUCUGUUCUAAUUCUGCCCAUGCGGGCUUGGCUAGGCAGUGUGAUCAUAACCUUGAAAAGUCAUGCAAGAGGUCUAGCAGUAAAUUAAGACAUAAAGGACAGAAAAGUGAGAGACAUUUCAGGGAAGAGGAGAGAAAUACUUACAAAAAGAAGAAAAAGAGGAAAAAGCUUUCUUCUGAUUUUUUGUCUGAUGAAUGUGGCUUUUCAGAGACCGAGAGUUGCAUACAGCUGGAGUCACUCAGAAAGAUACAAAGAAAAUGUAAUAAAGCAUUCCACAACAAAGUGAAAUUCAAGACACUUCAUGCAGGCACGGCAGCGCCAGGCAUUACCACUUCUGAUUGCUUUCCACUUCAGGAGACCCUCUGGCACACAGGAGAUGAGAGAAAAUUAAUUUUGAGAAGAGAGAUGGAUGCAGAUGAAAGAGGAUGCCCUCUCUUUCCUCUUGAGAUAAUUCAGACAAACCCCUGCUCAGAUACUUUCUGUGGAGCAGAGCCCAGAAGAGGAUGCUGAACAGCUACUAUAGAUAAUAGCUCUUAAGCUCCUAUGUAGAAGUGGAAGAGGAAAGCCCUUUAGCCAUUAAAAGAUACUGGAAAUACUUGGGCUUUUUUCUUCAGAUAAUUCUUUCAGUUGGAAUUAUCUAACUGGUGUAGCAAGCCACAGAAACAGAAUCUUUAUUUACCUUUUGGAUGCAAGGACCAAAAUUUUCUCCAGGGCCAGACAAGCUUUCGUGGACCAAUUGCUAAGAAUUUGAAGAUUCAUGGAUUCAGAUCUCAGAGAUAAACUCUGAUUGACAUUUACACAAUUCCCUGCAUUUACAGAUACAGUAUUUAGUAAUAUUAAGUCCCUGGAAAAAAAACCCAAACAAAAACAACAAGCACAUAGAUAUAUAAAUCAUAGAGCAAGGAUAUGAAGUGCCUUCUCAAUCAGAUUGUUAAAAUGAUGGAAUUGGAAGCUGUGGGGGACAUUCAUACAUAAUAGUGGAGAAUAAUAGCUUUCUAAAUAAGAAAAAAAUAUAUACUGUAAAGUUCACUGUGGAAAAAUAUUGUUUACUAUUCACAGUUCUGAAAGUGUUUCUGAAAACCUGCUGGUCUUUGGAAGGAAGGAUCUCACAAUAACUGCUAGAUGUAGCGCUUCUGAGAAUCUGAUUUUCUAAGCACAGCUCUGAAUGUUGGACAGUGAAAGGGCAAUGUCUGUCAGCAUAUUGACAGCUCAUACUUAUGCAGGUUGAAAAUACCGUAGAAUCAUAGAGUCACAGCAUGGCUUGGGUUGAAAGGGACCUUAAAGCCCCCCCAGCCCCACCCAUGCCACGGGCUGGCUGCCCCCAUAGCUCAGCCUGCCUAGGGCCCACCCAGCCCAGCCUUGGGUGCUUCCAGGGAUGGGUGCACACAGCUCCAGGCAGCAGUGCCAAGGCCUCACCGCCUUCCGCGUAAAGAAUUUCUGCCUAAUAUGUAAUCUAACUCUCCCCUCUUUUAGUUUAAAACCAUUCUACCUUGCCUCCUUACACAGUCACUACCAGACCAUGUAAAAAGUUGGUCCCCCUCCUGCUUAUAAACUCCCCUCAAGUUCUGGAAGGCUGCAGUGCGGUCUCCCUGGAGAUCUCUCUUUUCCAGGCUGAACAAGCCCAGCUCCCUCAGCCUUUCUUUAGAGGAGAGGUGCUCCAGCCUUCUGAGCAUCUUCAUGGUCUCCUCUGGACCCACUCCAACAGCCCCACAUCAUUCUUGUGCUGGGGACCCCAGGCCUGGAUGCGGUACUCCUGAUGGGGUCACAUGAGGGCAGAGCAGAGGGAGACAAUCCCCUCCCUGCCCAUUGCCACCUCUCUGUUGAUGCAGCCCAGGACGCUGUUGGCCUUGCAAGCUGUGAGCACACACUGCUGGCUCAUGCCUAGUUUUUCACCCACCAGGACCCCCAGGUCCUUCUCUGCAGGGCUGUCCUCAAGGAGUUCUCCCACUCUGUGCAUGUAUCUGGGAUUGCCCCACUGUAGGUUCACCUUGCACUUGGCCUUGCUGAACAUGGACAGGUUUUCAUGGAUCCACUUUUCAAGCCUGUCCAGGUCCAUCUGGAUGGCAUCCCUUCCCUCUAGUAUGUCACCCUGCACUGCUCAGCUUGGCGUCAUCAGCAAACUUGCUGAGGGUGCGUUGAUAUCUCUGUCUAUAUCAUUGAUAAAAACGUUGAAGAGCAUGGGUUCCAAGGUGGACUCCUGGGGAACACCACUUGUCACUGGCCUACACCUGGACAUGGGAGCCACUAAGCACAACCCUUUGGCUGUGACCAUCCAACAAAUUCCUUAUUCUUAAUAGUCCACCCUUCAAAUCCGUAUCUCUCCAAUUUAGAGGCAAAAAUGUGAUAUGUCCACAAGAUUUCAAGAAGCUGUCCUUUUGAAGGCACAUGCAGUGAGAUAUCUAUUUAGUAUAAUUAAGCUUACAUAAAAUUUCUGGAAGAAUUGUCAAAUGUUGUUAAAUUUCUGCUGCAUGGAAGUAAAAAUGUGAACUCAGUCUGGGCGCUUGAGUUAUAUCUGUAUUUAUGCAGGUGGCUGUAUUUAGAAGACAGUCACAGUUGCUCUGGGCCAAAGUCCCAUAGCAAGCCAGAGAGGACCAGUUCAACGUACAAUACACUAAUUAUUUCAACUUUCAUUUUAGUAUGCUUAAUUUAUUAUGUGUCAGUAUGUAAAUGUGAUGAUGUUGCCUUCCUUAUAUAACAUAUUAUCCACAUUUGUAACUUCUGCUCUAAUAAAUAAUGAUUUUUAAAAAAUUUUAGUUGUUUGUGGUAGAUUGGUUUUCUCCCAGUGUUCAGUAUUGGUGAUUCAUAGAGGCUUCUGAGCCAUGCUCUGCCAAGUUCUACCAGUUGCGUCUGCUCACAUGUUCAGAUGCUGAGUGCCUUUUUAGGAUCAUCAAUGACUACUCAAAAUAGUGUUAACCAACUACUUUUACCUAAAAAACAACCGCCCCCCCAGAACACCUUAUUUUCUUGACAGUAGUAUUUUCUAUUGUGGAGAGCAUUCAUGCCUCUUUAAGUUUCCUUUUUAGUGUUUUAUACAGUUAAAAUAAAGAUCAGCUAAUGUAUUUGUUAGCCAUGUGAAAUGUUUCAGUGACACCAACAGGACACACCAAGGGUGUCUUCUUUUUCUCUAUGCACUAGCUGCAUAUUAAAGAAAAGAUGACAGAAUUUCCCCUUGUCAGUCUCUAGACAGUUCUGACCUGUAAGUACCCUUUUCCCAUGUGUCAGACCUUUCAAUUAGAUGUGAGAAGGUAUUUUUGUUAAUCUAAGGGAGGAACUGCAGAUUUCCUUCAGUGUAAAUUUCCAGGACCCUAUCAGCGUGUUAUCCCACUGGUCAGUAUAAACAAAUAAAUCCGUUCUGUAAUUGCUUCUUGUGUUCACCUGUAUUGACUGGAAUUGAUAAAGCAAAUCUGUGUCUCCAAGUCCUCAUUCAGUGUAAAACACUGCUAGUGAAUAAAAUAUGCAUACUUAAAAGAGACCCCAUUGUAACUUCUGUAGCAAAAUACAAUUUGUGUUUCUUUUUUGUUGUUUAUUGGGAUUGGGAUUACUUAGAACCUGUUACCAGGAGAUUUAGUAUUAAUCCCUCACUUUUUCUACCUGUGUGCUUAAGCCCCAUCUUUCCACAUGCUGAGCUGUUCAGUAAAAUUGUGUUGGUUAUCCUGAAGGCUGAUCUCUAAAGAUACAGAAAACUCUUUACAAUUCUAGCUUAGUAAAUUAAGUUUCAGUUGUGUUCAGGAGUAAAUGUUGUAUCUAACAAGUUAAGGAAUGUGUAUAUAAUUUGAACAUUUAAUAGGCAAAAAGCAUUCAAAUAGUUGAGCAUGUAACAUUCCUAGUAUGAUUUCACAUCUUGGAGCUUGGUUAAUGCUGUUAUAGUGAGAUGGUGUUUCAAGACGUGAUGGGGUUUUAUUUUUGUUGUUGUUACUGCUUUUCUGGUAUGUAUUUAUUUUUAUGGAAGCGCUGUUUACUGUUACUAUGACCCGUGUAAGCCCUAUGAAAUAGGGCCCUGUGACUGCAGGCCUUGCAAUCAGAUCUAACUUCACAUACAGAACCAAUGAAGAUGCCCUCUGGCAGAGCUGGGGUUAUCAGACAUAGGGGAGCUGCCUGAUUUGGAGCUUUGUUAGCUGAGCUGUGGACAGCUGUACUUCAUGCUGAAUGCCGAAGUCAAAAUUCCGAGUCACAAUCCCACAGACCAUUUCUAUUAUUAUUGCAUCAGUCCACCUGCUUGACAUUUAAUAAUAAUACAUUUAUUUAUAGUGUAUGGCCUUUUCUUCGUUAUCUGGAGACUGAACGCAGUAUGUAGGAAUGCCUCCCCAUUUACUUCACCUUUUGUAAAACCAUGUAACUCUCAUCAAAAGCAUUCAUUAUUAAACUGUAUGUACAUACAACUUGAAGUAAGAGCUGGCAGAAAUAAUUAAGAGUAAGCAGUGUCCAGGUGAAGGAAAUUCUGAAUUUUACAAAGCAGGUGACAGUUUGCCACAGCUGGUUGGAUAUGAGAUGCUGCUCGAUUGUUGUGAUUUGUCCCAGAGCUCAAGUAUGCUGUCAUGACACGUGAAUAACUGGUAUUUCAACACUUCACAAGGAAGACUGAUGACAGUCUCUGCACUUAGCUUUUCAUUGUGCUCUCCUUGGUUAAUAUACAAACUGUUCAGCUACCUGGCGUGGUUCUUUUUGCUUAGUCACUGCAGCCAGUCAUUGCUGAAGGGAUCAAGUUGCAUUGAACAGUAGAAAACGUGAGAAGACAUCCAUUUUCUCCAGCACUUCAGCAGAAAAUGUGUGCCUGCUGCUGGAAUCUCUGCUCUUAUGACACGUGCCUUCCCCUUUCACAAUGAAUAAUUUGGUUUUCUCUGAAAAGGUAGUGGUCUUACUCUGAAGCACGCCAAUUCAUGCACGUGUGUCUAACAUUGAGCUUUGUCCUGUGUUACUGCCAGUUUUCUGUUUGUUUAUUCUUUAGGAUGCAUCAAAUUGUAUUGUACAGAUAUGCACUUAAAACGGUGUUCAAUUCCUCACUAACAUAAGAGUUGGUGUUGGACCCUCUGAAGGGUAGGCUGCAGCCCUGCCUAGCUCUGCUACAGUGUGGUCUUCCAGAGCAGCUUUGCCCAGUGCCAGCAGUUACUUGGACUUUUUUUCAUGCUUAACUCUGUUUUUGCAACAGUAAAAUAUACAUGAAUGUGUUCUGUAUUUCAUAUUCUGUUAAAAAAGUAAUAUGCUACAGAGUUGUACUUAGAGGCAUUCAGCUUGAACAGUCUACUCAUGGAAUAACGUAAGAAAGACAUUGGAGAAAGACAGUAAAACUUGUACCAUUGGGGGCAAUUAACCAUUGGUUUCAAUUGCAGUAAAUAAAAACAAACACCACCAUUAUGCAAGACUUUUAUUUUCUGCCUUAAACAGAUAAAAGCACAUUUCUGAUCUGAGGUAAACCAUUAGAAGUAGUUUGCAGAAAGUAUAAAUGUCUCUAGAAAUAAAACAGCAACACAAAGGUCAUGACAAGACUUUUAUUUGUCUCUAGACCUUCAUUAGGUAGUUCACACAGUAACACUAUACAAGCAAUCUGGCUCAAACAACUGCACUGCUCAUUUGAAGGCCCAGUGUAACUGACAGGGAAAAACCCCAUGGCAGUGUUAUGACUGAUGGAAAGUCAUUGGUUCUCGCUGCAAUAUGUCUCAGGCACUUUAACAUGUUGUGUCAACUUGUUUAUGAAAGCUCCUGUUGUGCAAUACACUCCACUUUUGAACAAUUUUGCCUAGUUUGUACCUUCCCACUCAGGACUACGCUCACCAUUUUGGUCAUGUUGCCAACUGGAAGCAACUCAGCAGAAGAGCCGAACCAGAAAAACUAAAUAGUGGGAACUGUACCCCCUGGCACCCAAGCAGAACCACCUGGACAAGUCAGCACAUUUAUAAGAGGUCAGCAAAUCAGUAGUUACCUCCUUAAAAUUUCUGAUAAAUUUUGAAGACAUAUUUUGGAUGAUGAAGGAGCAUAUUCACAUUUUUCCUUUGUCAAAUCCAUAUAUCCAGCCCCCUUUGGUAGGAGACUGGAUGACCUCGAUGGAGCAAACCCAGUCAUUACGGACAGAGUAAGAGAGCAAACAAGAUAAAAGCAAUUCAACGGUCAGGCCUAUUGUUGGCUGUGCAUGAGAUUCUGCCACUUCUUUUAGCAGCAACAUUCCAAAGCAACAAAAGCCUCGUCAUGGCAAUGGCUUACACCAUGUUAUUUAUUUUGUACAGGGAACUUCUGUAAGUUACCUUGACCGUAAACAUUUUUCUGCUAGUUAAAAUUGCUUGUACAAGAGCACUUGUUAAUCGUGUCACACCAGCAAGUCUUCCUUUAGGCCUAAAAAUCAUCACUAGCUGCUUUUCCUUGUUUAAUUUCAUUUUAUUAAAAUUCUUUGAAGAGUUUUUCUAAGAAGAGAAGUGAGCAAAUGAUAGUCCCACCAAGUCACGCUUCACAGUGAACCUAGUUUUUAAGGAUGUUCAGUUACAGUCAGCAUCUAAGUAACACUUAAGAGGUGCUUCAGAAGUAAACAAAGAAUAUUGAUGCAGCUGUGUGACUGAAUACAUCAAGUAUUCUUCAGUCCUUACUUAUUUUCUAAGUAUCUAAAAGUGAUCUAACUUCUCAAAAACUCUUGGCUUUUUUAAAGCAGUUAUUGUUUCAUCUGUAAGCCCUGUUUAGCUCCUGAAAAGCCAAAUUAUUUGACAAGAUGUUGAGUUAUAUUGCACCACAAAUGAGUACGAUGCUUCAAGGACAAAUACAGUCCCUUU